UUCGUCCCCGGGGUGCGCAGUGCCCCCGGGCGGCCCGUGGAGCUGCGGGUACCGGUAACGGAGGAGUGAGCGGUGAGCGAGCGGUCGGGACCGGCGAAGUGAAGGCGCGCCCGCCCGGGGCCGGGCAUGUGCGACGGGGCGGCGGGCAGAACGCCCGGGCAAGGGCGUUUGAAGGAAACGUGAGGCGGCGGCGGAGGGAUGGAAGCGGCACCGGGCAGGAGCCCCGAGCCGCGGGAGAAGCCGCCGGUGUUGGAUGGGGAAGCGACGGGAGCGGCCCCGGCUUCGCCGGUGGCGGCGGAGCAGAUCGUGGCGGAGGGCGAGGCGGCGGCCACGGCGACGGCGGCGGGCACGUUCGUGCAACGGCAGCUCGGGGCCAUGCUGCAGCCCGCCGUGAAUAAGUUCUCGCUGCGCAUGUUCGGCAGCCACCGGGCCGUGGAGAUCGAACGGCAACGGGUGAAGUCGGCCGGUGCCUGGAUCAUCCAUCCCUACAGCGACUUCAGGUUCUACUGGGACCUCAUCAUGCUGCUGCUGAUGGUGGGGAAUCUGAUCAUCCUGCCCGUGGGCAUCACCUUCUUCAAGGAUGAGAACACCCCUCCCUGGAUCGUUUUCAACGUGCUGUCGGACACUUUCUUCUUGGCUGACCUGGUGCUGAACUUCCGGACAGGCAUCGUGGUGGAGGACAACACAGAGAUCAUCCUCGACCCGCACACCAUCAAAAUGAAGUACUUGAAGAGCUGGUUCCUGGUUGACUUCAUCUCCUCCAUCCCGGUGGAUUACAUCUUCCUCAUCGUCGACCUGGAGACGCAGGUGGAUUCUGACGUGUACAAGACAGCGCGGGCACUGCGCAUCGUGCGCUUCACCAAGAUCCUCAGCCUCCUGCGCCUGCUGCGCCUCUCGCGCCUCAUCCGCUACAUCCACCAGUGGGAGGAGAUCUUCCACAUGACAUACGACCUGGCCAGCGCUGUGGUGAGGAUCUUCAACCUCAUCGGCAUGAUGCUGCUGCUGUGUCACUGGGACGGCUGCCUCCAGUUCCUGGUGCCCAUGCUGCAAGACUUCCCCGAGGACUGCUGGGUCUCCAUCAACCACAUGGUGAACGACUCCUGGGGGAAGCAGUACUCGCACGCGCUCUUCAAGGCCAUGAGCCACAUGCUCUGCAUCGGCUACGGGCAGCAGGCACCGGAGGGCAUGACCGACGUGUGGCUCACCAUGCUGAGCAUGAUUGUGGGCGCCACGUGCUACGCCAUGUUCAUCGGCCACGCCACCGCCCUCAUCCAGUCGCUGGACUCGUCCCGCCGCCAGUACCAGGAGAAGUACAAGCAAGUGGAGCAGUACAUGUCAUUCCACAAGCUGCCUGGGGACACUCGCCAGCGCAUCCACGAGUACUACGAGCACCGCUACCAGGGCAAGAUGUUUGACGAGGAAAACAUCCUGGGGGAGCUCAGCGAGCCGCUCAAAGAGGAGAUCAUCAACUUCAACUGCCGCAACCUGGUGGCCAACAUGCCCCUGUUUGCCAACGCCGACCCCAACUUUGUGACAGCCAUGCUGACCAAGCUGCGCUUCGAGGUCUUCCAGCCCGGGGACUUCAUCAUCCGCGAGGGCACCGUCGGCAAGAAGAUGUACUUCAUCCAGCACGGGGUGGUCAGCAUCCUCACCAAGGGCAACAAGGAGACAAAGCUGUCUGAUGGCUCCUACUUUGGGGAAAUCUGCCUGCUGACACGGGGCCGGCGCACGGCCAGCGUGCGCGCCGACACCUACUGCCGCCUCUACUCCUUGUCCGUGGAUAACUUCAACGAGGUGCUGGAGGAGUACCCCAUGAUGCGCAGGGCCUUCGAGACCGUGGCCAUGGAUCGGCUGGACCGCAUAGGGAAGAAGAACUCCAUCUUGCUCCGCAAGCGUGCCGAGCACAGCUCGGGGCCCAUGAACAACGAGAUGAUCCAGCAGAUCGUGAAGCACGACCAGGACAUGGCGCACAACAUCCAGGACCUGCAGCAGAUGGCCAUGGGCCGGGAGCUCAGCGGCAAGCCGGUGAUCUGGGAGCCGCUGGUGCACGCCCCGCUGCAGACGGCGGCCGCCACCACCAACGUGGCCAUCGCCUUGACCCACCAGCACAGCCUGCAGGCGCACAUCUUCCUGCCGCCCUCCUCCAUCGCCAGCCCGCUCUCCCCCGAGGCCACGCUGCUCGCCAAGCCCGUGCGGCGCUCCCAGCCCAGCCUGGGGGGCUCCCGGCCCUCCUCCAUGAGCUCCCCGUCGGCGCCGCAGUCCCACCUCCAGACGCCCGCCGCCGGGUCCCCGUCCUCGCCCAUGGUGCAGCCGCUGGAGGGCUCGGGGCAGAGACCCAGCCCCGGGGCACCGGCGCUUCCGCGUCCGGCGCCCAAGGGGGACCCCGCGGCCAAGCAGCCCCCGGCCGGCCCCCAGCCGCAGCUCUCCCGGUCCCGCGGCGCCUCGGUGUCCACGUCGCUGCUGCAGCAGGCGGCCGGGGCCCCGUCCCCCAGCUCGGAGCAGGCGCUGCCGCCCGGGAGAACGCUGCACUACAGCCUGUCCCGAGCCACCGGCUCCCACAUCUCGCUCCUGAUGCAGCCGCAGCAGCUGGUGAAGCACCGGAGCAUCCAGGGCCUGCCGGUGGGGCGGCUCACCCAGGACGUCCGGCUCCUCUCCGCAUCCCAGCCCUCCCUUCCCAACAGAGUGGCCCAGCAAGGCGACGGCAGCUCCCUGCAGCAGGGCAGGAAGUCCGCGGGGAGCCUGGCCCGCCGGUCCUCGCCCUCGGUCGCCGGGCUCCUGGCCAAGCCGUGCCCGGGGCUGCCAGCCCAGCACUCGCAGCAGAUGCCUUCAGGAUCGCUGGCUCAACCCAGCCGCACCGUGGCCGGGGCAUCCACGCCGCAGUCCCCGGUGUCCGCGUCCCGGCAGGCAGCAGGUCCCUCCCGCAAGGGCUCCGUGGCCUUCAGCCCCGAGGUGGAAACGGGGAAGCCCAAACUCCAGUCCAACAUGUGAGUCCCGGGUACAGGCAGGAGGGAGCCGGGCACCCGGCGGCACAGGCGGGGAGGGAAGACGAGGUGAGAGGCGGCACCGUGGCUGUGGACCGGCUGCUCCGGGUGUGGGGCAGCCCCUGGGUGAGGAGGGGGCUCUGCCGACUGCCCCGUGGGUCCCACCCGGGCUCUCCCCUUGCUCCAUCACCACCCACCCUCCUCCUGGAGGCAGCAGGACGGGUCAGAGCCCUCGCCCGACUCCUGGGGAGCCAUCUCCCCACAGCUGCUCCGUGGGGUCCGUGCCCCACCGUGCUCUGCCCUCACUCCCCACUGCCCCUCCUUGGGGCCAGGCCAGUGCUGGGGUCUCCUCCAGCCUGUCCUGUCACAGCAGGGGCUGCCACGCACCCUCCUCGGUCCCCAGACAGCUCUGCCAGCACCUUUGCUUUGGGGAGAGGAGGGAGAGGCCCCAGUGCUGGGGCAGAGUGAGGGGUCCGGAGCCCAUGGCAGGAGCCAGGUCCCCCUCUCUGAGGCCCUGGACACAGUGCCCAGACCCGGGGGUCCCAGGCGGGGUCCCAGGCAGGGUCCCUCUGGGGUGACGAGUGCCAGGCAGCAGAGCUGGGGGCAGAUGGG